GCUUCUUACACGGGAGAAAGUGGGAGGGGGGAAGCAAGCCCUCAGCCCCCCUUUCAGCUUCCUCUGGUUCCCAGGAAGUGACAACUAUUUGCAGCCGGGUCAAUAAGAGCCUUUCUUCCCCAGCCUCGGCAGCCCCUCGAUUGUCGGACGGGUGCAUGGGACUCUUGUUAUGGGAAGGUGGCGGCUGGUAUGGCAGCCUUGGCGCUGCAGAAAGCCCUCCGCUUUGCUGGCGACGACCCUCCACUCCAGAAAUGCAUCCACGUUCCCACUCCCUCAACAGCCCUUGCCCCCUCUGGCCCAAACCAUGGCUCGAUAUCUGCGUUCUCUGGAGCCAUUGGUGAGCCCUGAGGAACUGGAGCAGUCAAAGCAGCUGGUGGAUGAGUUUGGGGCUCCUGGAGGAGAAGGGGACAGACUCCAGGCCCGGUUGCAGCGCCGGGCAGCUCGCAUGGAGAACUGGAUCACGGAUUGGUGGGUCCAGUCGACCUACCUGGAAAGCCGACUCCCCCUGGCUGUUCACUCCAGCCCAGCUGUGGUGCUGCCCAAGCAGGAUUUUAAUGACUGGAAAGGCCAGCUGAGGUUUGCAGCAAAACUCAUUGCUGGUGUGUUGGAUUUCAAGGCCAAGAUUGACCACCAGACUCUCUUGGUUGAAUAUUCCCGGGGCUACCCUCUAUGCAUGGACCAGUAUUCCCGCAUCUUCGCCUCAUGCCGCCUUCCGGGACCAAAACACGAUUCUGUCUUGCUGCCUCCACCAGGCCGGAGACCAGCCACAUUUAUCACAGUAGUCCGCAACUUCCAGUUUUUCCAGCUUGAAGUUUAUAACAGUGACGGAACGCCUCUCACAGUCGACCAGCUUCACUCGCAGCUCCAGCGGAUCCGUGGGCAGUCAUGGAAGACGGAUAAGGAGCCUCUAGGGGUGCUGACCAGUGACCACCGACACACGUGGGGACAAGCUUACACUACUCUCAUGCGAGACAAACUGAACCGGGAGUCGGCACGUGCCAUUCAGCGUAGCCUUUUCACAGUCUGCCUGGACGCUCCUGUUCUGAAGGUGUCGGAUGCACGUGCAGAAAGCCGUCUUGCGGCACAGACGUUGCACGGAGGCGGCAGCUACUCCAAUAGUGGUAAUCGCUGGUUUGACAAGACUCUGCAGUUCAUCAUAGGAGAAGACGGCUCUUGCGGAGUGCUUUAUGAACAAGCAAUGGCUGAAGGACCUCCAAUUGCCACCAUCAUAGACCACGUCCUUGACUACUGCAAAGAUCCUGAUCCGGUUCGUACUCCGUUGAUUCCUCUACCAAUGCCCAAAAAACUCUACUUCUACUUCACUCCAGAAAUCAAACGCGACAUCGAACAUGCCAAGCAAAACCUAGACAUCCUCAUCACAGACCUGGACAUCACCUGUUUCACUUACCACAGCUUUGGCAAGGAAUUUCUCAAACGCCUCGGGUUGAGCCCAGACUCUGUCCUGCAGGUGGCGCUGCAGCUGGCAUAUUACAGAGCACAUGGGGAACUGUGUGCCACUGCUGAGUCAGCCUCACUCCGUCGCUUCCACCGUGGCCGGACAGAGACCAUCCGCUCCACUACCUCUGCCGCCCUGGCCUUUGUCCAGGCCAUGGCUGAUGAGAACUGUCAGGCCUCAGAGAAACUGUCUUUGCUGCAAGAAGCUGUCAAGGCCCACAGCACCCUCACAGAGCAGGCUCUGGAUGGUCAAGGCAUCGACCGCCAUUUGCUGGGGCUGAAGCUGGAGGCCAUUGCUGAUGGUUUUCGCGUACCAGAACUGUUUAUGGACACUUCCUACGCUGUUGCCUCAUAUUGGAAACUCUCUACAGGACAGGUAGCUGCCCGCACAGACUGUGUGAUGUGUUAUGGACCGCUGGUGCCCGAUGGCUACGCCGUCUGCUACAACCCUUUGCCUGCUCAUGUUAACUUUUCUGUCACUGCCUUCAAUUGUUGCCAGGAGACCAAUGCUGAGCAUCUGGCCGGAAGCCUCCAGGGGGCGCUGGAUGAUGUGGGGGCCUUGCUAGGGAAUUGUAAAGAUGGCGGAUCAUGAAUGCCUUUCUUGAGACACACUCCAUUCCUCUGUUCUCUCUCCCUAAACCAAACCUGACUUUGGCUUACAGAGAACUGUCUGCUUGUGUCAGCACCUCACCUAUAAUUCCUUAGGCCCAGAAUCUUUGCACUGCCUUCCUUUCAUGCCAAAGUUCAUUAUGCAGGUGUCUGUCAAUAUUUCCUGCUGACACUCCUUACCCAUAAUGCCCUUUGUAACCCACCAGGGGACCUAGGGGGAAGCAGGUGUUGGUGAGGUGUUUUUACACACUAUCUUAAUUCAAAGUCCAGUCUAAUUUAUUUCCAGGUGGAAUAAAGAAAAAAGAUUCUUUCAGAAAA